AUGACGUUCCUUUCAGACCUAGAUUCGUCGGAGUUAGUACCACCGGAGUUCCUGUGUCCGCUAUCAGGCGCCAUCAUGCGCGACCCGGUCAUCGCGCCCACCGGCCAGUCGUACGAUCGCGCAAGCCUUGACCACUUUCGCGCGCGCGGCGGCCGCUUCUGCCCCAAGACGGGGGCGUUGCUCGCGGACUGCGCGCUCAUUUCCAACGACGCGCUCCGCCAGCUCAUCGCCGCCUGGUGCCUCUCCCACGCCACGCGCGUCCCUUCCCCUCCUUCUCCCCCUCCUCCGCUUAUCUCCGCGUCGCCCCUCGGCGCCUCUCCCGCCGUCCUCCCCGUGCGCUCAGCGCCAGCCGUCAUCAACGGGCUCGCCUCUCCCCCUGACUGCGCGCCCUCCUCGCCGCUGCGCUCGCCCCUUUCUCCGCUGCAGCGCCGUUAUUCCUUUCAACCAAGCCGCAGCGCCUCCGCUUGCAGGGGGCACGGGGACGAACAGCCGGCGUCAGACGCGGCGAGCUUGGCGAUUCCGCGGCACGUGAUGGGCGCGGGCAGCAGCGGCAGGUCGCUGUGUCGCACCAUCUCGCCUCUCUCCGAGACCGCGUCGCUCGACUGGGCCGCCGCCAGCAGCGCCGCCAGCAGCCCCUCCACGCCCCUCCGCGCCUCCCGCCACCGCCACAACCACCAGCUCGCCGCCACGUCACAGGACGACGCAAAUGACGUGGCGCUCAACUCGUACCUCUCCGCUAGCGCAUCGUUCUCGCGCCUGCAGCAGUCGAAUCCCAACUCGCCACGUGGCAGUCGCCGCCGCAGCAAGGACACGCCUGUGCGAGAGAUGCGGCCAUUCGUGGACGCACUGCAGGAUGCUGACGUGGCAGUGAGGCGGGUCGCCGCGGAGGCCAUCCACGUGGCAGUGAAGGAGGGGGAGGAGAACCGCACGCGGGUGGUGCAGGCGGGCGGCGUGGCGCCGCUGCUGGCGGCGGCGGGAUGCGAGGACCAGGGCACGGCACAGCGCGCAUGUGCUGCCCUGCUGUACGUGUCACUGGAACGUGAAGGGGCGAGGGAGGUGGUGGCGCGUGGAGGCAUCCCCAUUCUGGUAGAUGUGCUGCGGCCGGCAGGAGAGGUGGGUGGGCAGGGCGAGGCGGCUGAAGCCACCAGGGCCAACGCAGCCGCGGCGCUCUUCACUCUCUCGUCCACCAAGGAGGAGCGCAAGCGCCUUGUGUGCUCUGCUGGUGCCGUGCCGCACCUCGUGCACCUCGUGCAGACGGCACACACGCCUCGAGCGCUCAAGGACGGGUGCCUGGCGCUGUACGGGCUGGUGGGGUUGCAGCAGGCGGCAGAGCAGGCAGUGGCGCUGGGAGUGGCGGCGACGGCAGUGGGGCUGCUGGAGAGGCACGGCGAGGGCGUGGAGGAGAAGGCAGUGUCGCUGCUGGCCGUACUGGCUCGCUCUGACAUGGGUGUGGCAGCCAUUGCGGACGAUGAGGAUGCGGUGUGCGCGCUGGUGGAUGUGAUGGAAGGCAGCUCGCAGCAUGCUGCUGACAAAGCAGCGUGCACUCUGCUGGCCAUGGCACGGCAUGGAGGGGAUGCCAUGGCUCGGAGAAUAAUGGCCGAGGGGUGCCUCCCUCCACUGGCCAAGCUUGCAGCAAAAAGUCAGGCAAGCUCUGAUUCCCGUGCUCUGUUGGACAUUCUUAGGAAUGUAACGCCGCCAGCGAUGCCCAACGCGACGUACCGCUUGAGGCAGCCGACGCGGUACGGCAAGCAGCCGGCAGUACCCUCGGAGUUCGUGUGUCCGCUGUCGCUGCAGCUGCUCACCGACCCGGUCAUCACGGCGUCGGGCCUCACCUUCGAACGCGCCGUCAUCCAGAAAUGGUACCGCGACGGCAACCGCAUAUGCCCCGUUACCGGAUCGCGUCUAGACCAUUACCGGCUGUUUCCGAACCAGGCGGUUCGGCAGCUUAUCACGCAGUGGUGCGACGCGAAUGCCGUGCCGUACGCACCGGGCGUGCUGUGCGUGCGCGUGGACCCGCAGGGGCAGCAGGGGACGGGUAGCUUCAGGGAGCGCUCUUCCCAGUCGCGCCACGGCGGUCAGUCCUUAGCAGGCUCGGGCAAUGGCAGCUCUGGGAGGCAGCCGCUUGCGAACGGCGUAUAUCAGCAGCAGCAGCAGCAGCAACAGCAGCAGCAACAGCAACAGCAGCAGCAGCAGUCUCGGUUGCAACAACAACAGCAACUCCGCCAAUUCCGCGCGCAAGAGGCGGAGCUGCUUUCUCCGCGUAGCGGGCGCGAUAGCAACCACAGCUCCCCGGGCGCACACUCCGCGUGUGCCGGUCUCCCGCCCCCAGGGCCCUCCUCCAAUCUCUCUCAGCGCCCCUUCACUCCCCCCGGCACUCCGCCCAAAAGCCCACGCUCUGCAGCCCCUUUUUCCACUCUUCCCGGCGCCUUUCAGCGCCCGCGGACUCCCCCAUCGGGGGCGGACGACCGACCGUUCUCCCCUGCUGGCGGGGAAAGUGUUCCGCGCAACCACCCUUCCGCGUCCCUUGCCGUUUCAAGAUCGGUGUCGAGCGGGGGAUCCGUGCAGCGCAUCGCGUCGGGGAAUGGCGCACAGGCGGUGCGGGGAUCCCCCGCUGGCGCAAUGGUUCCGCGCACAGCCUCAGGGGGAGGGGCAGUGCUGCGAGUGGUGUUGGGCGGGGGGGUGCCACGCGUUUCUUCAGCUGACAGUCCCCGCGCGCGCAUUUCCUCCGCGGAGCGGAUAGGUUCCAGUCCCCUGUCUGGGGACGAGCUGGGGGGAGCAGGCGCGCGGAGACAAGCAGGCGCGCCUCCCAAUGGCGCAGGGCCUCCGCAGCGGCGGCAGGCGGCGGGGCCGAGACAUAGGGGGAGCCAGUCGCAGGUUCUGCGGGUGCUGGGGCAGGACGGCGCGGGGGAUAGCGGCUCCUCGGGUCUUGCGCGCUCGCACUCGCUGCAACCCAAGGCGGACGAUAUCGAAUCGCUCCUUAACGCGUUAGAGGACGACGAAUCGGACGGCUACGAGUCGGGUCAAUCCGACGCGCUCUGGCGUUCCAACGAGCCGCUCCCAGUGCCCCGCGUCGCCAGCCUGGGGGGGAGGGGGGCUGCGCGGGGUCCUGGCGCGGGGAGGGGGGGAACUGGAGCGGGCAGGGGAGGGCGGGGAGGGAGAGGGUCGAUGGCGGAUGGAGUAGGGCGGUCGGACAGCUUAGAGCGCGGAAUGAUGCGCGCGAAGCAGCAGGGCCACGCGGGCGCACACGCGGACGGGUCGCUCCGUCUGCUCAACGGCCGCAACGGCAUUCCGUCAGGAAAGCGACCCGUGCAGGGGGGUAGCGGCGAUGGGGGGAACGCGGAGAGCGGGUUGCGGCGCACGUCGUCGCUGCAGUCGCAGGGGCUGCUGUCGGCGAGUCUGGGCAGUCUGGGCCUCGACGCCACGCGCGACUCCUUCCGCGGCGCCGUCGACGACCUCGUGCCGCGCAGAUCCGCGGGCGCGGGGGCGCGUGGGGAGGUGGCGCAGUCGCGGUUCGCGGGGGAGAGUGGCGGGGAGUCGUCGUCGGAGAGGGAGGCGCGGAGGGGCGCGCCUGGCCGGCCGGGGGGCGGCAUCCCGCCCGGCGCUAGGCUGCUGGCGGCGGGGCGCGCGAGCCAGUCGUUCCGCGACCGCGCGAGCAGCGACGGCAGCGACAGCGAGCUCAAGGCGGCGCUGCUCGGCGCCAUCCGCAGCUCCAGCGCCGGCAGCCCCGCCGACGCGCCCAUGGGGGGCGGGGGGGGCGGGGCUGUCGCGGGAGGUGGUGUGGGCGGAGGGGGAGGCGGUGCAGGGGGUGCGGUGGCGAGCGGGCGGGCGAACGCGCUGCGCAACAUGGGCGCGGCGGGCAUGCGGUCUGCGUCGUUCCGCAUGGGGCGAGAGCUCUCCAUCGACGUCAGCAGGGGCGCCCCUGCCACGGCGGGCGCGGGGGGCGGGGGCGCGGGAGGAGGGGGCGCGGGAGCUGGGGGCCCGAGGCUGACGGCGUCAGGCAGCCUGCGGAGCCCCGUGGGGUCAUCCUCCAUGCGCGUGUCGCGCGACGGCGCCAUGGGCGCCAGAGCCGCCGCCAUUGACGCCGCCCUGCGCGCCGCUGCUCUGCCGCGCAGCCCUGCUGGGCGCUCCUCGUCGUCACUUCCGCCCAUCCGCGACAGCAGCAGCAGCGGCGCAGCAUCAGGGGAGUUGGGAUGGGGUGCGCCUGGGGUUCCGCGCAGUCCGGGACGAGCAGCGCCCGCGGGCGGCAGGGAGGCGCCCAUUCCGCGCGCGGGUAGCCGGGAGGCCGCCAUGCACCACAGCGGCCCCCCUCUGGGGGACAGCCCCGCCAACGGCCACACUGCUCCCCCCUCCUCUGCGCGCCACCCCCCUCCGCCGCUCGCCCUGCGCCGCGACCUGUCCAUGGACACCUGGGCGCUCUCCUCGCACCUCCCCGCCUCCGCGCCCCCCGCCGCCGCGCCCCUCUCCCCCAUCCACUCGUCCGGGCCCCUCUCCCCCAUGCACGCAUCCGGCCCGCCCUCCCCCCGCCUCUCCUCCACACCCCUCUCCCCGCGCGCCUCCACGGGUCCGCGCAGCCCCGUGGGCGCGGGCGCGAGGGGCUUGGGGGGCCCGGGGGGCCCGCCGCGGUGGCGGCGGGACAGCAGCGUGGAGAGCAGCGGUGAUGCUGGCAGCGGCAGCGAGGGGCGCGAGCAGGGCGCGGGCAUGGGCGGGGGAGGCGGGGGGGGCGCGGGGGGAAGGAGUCCGCCAAUGCUGCAGCGCAGCCUGGGGCGGCGAGUGGCGGAGGAGGGCGCGCUGCUGCGCUCAGGGUCCAUUCAGAGCGUGCAGUCCGUGGGGCAUGCGGGCGCGGGGGGGCAGCACAGGCACGCGCAGGGGCAGGCGCAUGAGAGCAUGGGCGCGAGUGACACGGACGACCCGUUCCUCUCCGCCCUCUCUAGCGUUCGGCGCGAGCAGCAGUUGUGGGGCGAGGGGGGAAUGAGCGGGGGAGAGGAGGGUGGGGCGGGGGGGCAGAUGGGCGCGGCAAGGGGGAGGGGCCAGCAGAGGGGGGCGUCGAGCUUGGCGCAGUCGGAGGGGGAGGGGCGCGGGGGGAGCGACUGGGAGAGCGAUGGGUCGUCCGUGCGCCACAGGAGGGCAGCAGGGGCAGCGGCGGGAGGGUCACGACUAGGUAACAGGGAGGCAGGGGGAGGAGCAGGGGCGGGCACGAGUUCAGGGCGCAACCUGGGAGGGGCGGGGCAGGGGAGGCGGCAGCUGCAGCGGGGGUCGUCACAGACGGACAAUCGGGGGCUGGGCCGGGCGGCACACAGGGCGCUGCACACCACACCGCUCGACCCCACAGGGCCGCCCUCAGGCAUGCCCCUUUCGGGCGGCGCGCAGGGGCUGCGGCGCGCGUCCUCAUUGGCUGUGGUGGGCGGCAGCGGGCGGCAGCAGGGGAUGGAGGGAAUGGAGGGGAUGGAGGGGAUGGACGGUUCAGAGGGGUUCCACGAGGUGGUGAGAGAGAUGAAGGCAGAGGGUGGGCGGGUGGGAGGAGGUGUGCGGCGCGGGGAAGCAGCAGCGCCGGAGCUGUCAGCAUCGCACCGCAGAGUGGCGUCGCUGGCAGUGCAGAGCCGCAGCAGCAGCAGCAGCAGCAUCGCCCUGGGAGGGGGUGGUCCCAUGGGCAGCUCAGGAGAGGGCCGUGCCGUGUCCCGGCGCCUCAGCGGUGGCAGCGGUGGCGGGCUGUCCUCCCGACGCUCCGACUACUCCCUGCCUCCUGAUGCGUCCGCUCUGCUGGACGAGCUCGAUGGGUCGGAUGGUAGUGAGGGGGAUGUGGGGGAUGUGGGGAACAUGGGGGACCGGCGGGUGCAUGGGCAUGGGGGGUACGAGGCCAUGCAGGGGAAUGGCGGCAGUGGUCACAUGCCACCGCAUCAACUGCAGCAGCAUGCGCAGCAGCAACAGCAGCAGCAGCAGCAGCAGGGGCAGGGACAUGGGCAUGGGCAUGGGCAUGGGCAUGGGCAGGGGCAUGGGCAUGAGCAUGAGCAUCAGGAGGAGGCACCACAGCCACGAGUGGGCAGGGUGGGCGGCACCUUUGCCUGGCUGCGAGAGGCCCUCCGCAGCCCCCUCAAGAGCCCCAAACCCGCUGCCCCUGCCCCCACCGCCCCCGCCCCCCACUCCGCCCAAUCCAUCCCGUUGAGUCCCCGUUCCGCCCAACCCCCCCUGCCCGCGUGGGGCGCGGGGGUGCGCCCGUCCACCCCCCCUCAGGGCGCGGCAUACGGCAAGAGCGCCAGUGUUGAGACGUCUCAAAAGGCGUACGGCAAGAGCGCCACUGUGCCCGCGCCUGAGCGCCGCAGCCUGUGGGGGGAGGCCAGGCGCGCCGUGGGGCUGGGGGAGGGCGGAGGGGGCGACGGGGGGAAGGGGGAGGAGGUGUUCCGGCGGUCGUCGUCUGAUCAUGGCGAGCAGGACGCGGUGGCCGCCAUGCAGUGGGCGCAGGGGGAGCGGGGGGAGCGGGGGGAGGAGGCUGACGGGAGGGUGGAUGGGGGGCGCAGUGGAGGGGGUGCGAGAGGCGGGCAGGGGGUGCGGGGGCCGCAGGGAAGAGGGGUGGCGGCGGGGGGGAGGGAGGUGGGCGAGGGGAGAAGUGGGAGUCAGGGCAGCAGUGGGCACGAGGGGAUGAGGGAUGGGGGAAGGGGAGCAGGUGGACGGGGGUUGGGGGGAGGCGCAGGCAGAGGAGGGGGGCGAGGCGGGGAGGGGGGUGCAGACGGGGGAGGAGGGGGUGGGCGGGGGCAGGGAUGGGCCAAGGUGCGUGCCGUGUUCCCCCUGCAUGGGGAGGGCGCAGGGCGGGGGGCUGGAGGGAGAGGGCCGGGCAGAGGGAUGGGCGAUGGGGGAAGAGGAGGUUCUGGGAGAGGAGACGGGGGAAGGGGAACCGGGGGAAGAGGAGGAGCAGGAGCAGGGCCGGGAGUAAGACAGGGCGGUGCAGGGGGGCCGGGAGGGGGAAGAGAGGGUGGGGACUCGGGUCGGCUGUCCCUAGAGCGCACGUCAUCACUGUCCUCCAACCACCACGCCGUAGCCGCAGCCGAUUCCCACAGGGACGUCGACGGCUCCUCAGCCCAUCCCCUCUCCUCGCUGGCAGCAGCAGCAGCGGCAUCGCCCCCGGACAUGGUGACGUUGGUGCGGGCGGUGGCGCAUGGGGGGGAGGCGGAUCGCAUGGAGGCAGUGGCGGCCAUCAGGGCGCUGGUCAAGGGCAGCCGCGACAACAAGUCACGCCUCAUUGCCGCAGGGGGCGUGCCCGCGCUUGUGCGUGUGCUGCGCCAUGCGCACCCCGCCAUCAAGGAGCAUGCGGUUACCGCCAUUCUGAACCUCUCCCUCGUGCCCGGUGCACCCGCUAUUAUCGCCUCGGUGGGUGGGAUCGACGCCGUGGCGGGCGUGCUGCAGUCGGGCUCGCAGGUGGCCCGGGAGAACGCCGCAGCGGCGCUCUUUGCCCUCUCAGUGGACGACGGCAACCAGUGUCUGGUGCGGCGGGCAGGGGCGGUGCUGCCACUGGUGGACGUGCUGCGUUCAGGCAGCACGCGCGGGCGCAAGGACGCUGCUCUCGUGCUCUUCAACCUCUCGCGUGACCAGCGCAGCCGUGCUGAGAUCGUGGCGGCGGGGGCGGUGGCGGUGCUGGUGGGCAUGCUGGGCAGCGAGGAGGGAGGGCUGGAGGAGAAGGCCAUGGCAGUGCUGGCGAACCUGUGCCGCAUGCCCGAGGGCUGUGAUGAUGUGCUAGACCUGCCGGGAGCCAUCCCCACGCUGGUGCGCGUGGUGGCGCAGGGGUCACAGCGCGCCAAGGAGGACGCGGUGAUGACGCUGCUGAUGCUGGCGAAUAGUGAGCCGGCGAGCUGCCAUGCGAUGCUGGCGGAGAGCAUGGUGCCGGCGCUGCAGCAGGUGGCGCAGACGGGGUCCCAGCGCUCCAAGGGCAAGGCCAGGGCGCUGCUGGACCUGCUCAGGAGCCAGGCGCAGCGCGGCAGAGGGGGGGCAGACAGGUGA